AUGCUGUUCCUUUCACAACAAGAAAAAGAUCUUACUCAGGGGAAAUUAAGAAAAGAUUUAGGAAAUGUUGAUGACUCAGAUAAAGAAGCUCAAGUUACUGAAUGGCAAGGUUUUAAGUUAGCUGUAACAGAUAUAAAAUUAUGGAUGAUUUGUGGAUUGCAUUCUUGGCUUGUGAGUGAUUCACAAAGAUUUAGAUGUUUUAUUAUAUUCAAAUUUUGA